AUGUUUUUAACGUGUUUUGAAAAUGGUUCAAGAUUAUCUAAAGCAGUGUUACUCCUCUUUUUCCACUGGAAAAUGUUCUUUGUUAUUCCUAUUUCCUUUUCAGCUACCAGUGAUGAAAUUUCUGAUUCUGAAGAUUUACUGAAGGAUGAUAUCGGGCAGCACCUCGAUUUUGACAUUGAAGCUUUUCCCAUGGAAGAAGGAGAUCGUGACGGGGUCACAAAUAUGUUGACACAGGUAGUUUCCACAUUUUCUUCGCCUUUAAUGAAUAAUUAUGAAAGCACUGAAAAGACUUUCGAGAAAUCUCUUGUUCAGGAUGACGCUUCGAAAUACGCUAAGGAUGUGAUGGAGUUUAUUGAAAAAAAGUCACGAAAGUUUGCCUCGAAAGAAUUCCGUCAAGUUUUCGAGGCAGCCAAACCUAAAUGCGUUGGACUCUUCGUUAACGAAAGAAUGCUCAAUUUUCCUCCUCGGAUAGUGACUCCAUCAUUCAAAAGCAUAAAGGCAGACUUGCAAACCAGGAAACAGCCAUAUCAGAAGAUUGUUUAUAUUCACAAACUACGGGUUGCAGACAGCCCAUCGUCGACUAAAGUCUCACACGAAAAAAUUCCGAAGAUGAAAAGGAAAAUUGGGAAGGCUCAGAAGAAAAGGUUAGCUACACAGGGCGGCUCGCUUGCUGAUAUUAUUUAUGACAACAUUGAGGAUGGGAUUUUGACGCAGGUCAGUGAAGGUGAAGCGCUGUUCUUCGAUUAUCCUGUUCAUAGUGAGGUGGAAAGCACGAGCAAGUUUCAUACGUUGGUGAAGGAAGGAAAGUCUUAUAAACCAUAUAGAAGAAUCAUAAUCAUGGAUAUGAAGAGGUUUGAUCUCCAAACAUUAUCAGUUCUUCUCCGAAUGCACUUAUGCAUUCGGUUUAAAGUCGGCGCCCUUCAAGCAUGA